AUGGUUGUUGUUCAACCAGAUAAGUACACGAACUGGAAUCUAUUGGAUGAAGACAAUCCCUUUGCGGCGUUUCACAGAAAGUUUUGGGGUAAGGAUAUGUCGUUUGACGGUCAAUCAGAACGUGGAGCAGAUAAAUACGUUGUGGAGGAGAUGAACGAAGCUCAGCUCGUUGAAGGUUGCCAUGUCAUUCAUGUCGACAUUGACGCGCUGUGCACCAAACUCUGGGUCCGCGCUGAAUAUCUGCGUGUAUAUGAAUAUCUUCAGGCGGUGUAUAAUGGGCGAAAGAAACACGAAAGUGGCCUCACUGUUGUUCUGACAGGGCAACCAGGAAUCGAACUGCAUCACAUGAACCCCCCUCUAAAUCGGGGCUAUGUGGACGAGAUUUUUUAUCGCUACGGUCCGACCCCUCGUCUUUGCAUCAAAUUUAUCAUAAACCCUGAGAGUCUUGAAGAUUAUGACCUCACUCUCGAAGAGUCAUUCGAUACCAUCAAAAUGGACAGUCCGGCUGGGCUCAUUGACGGGGCCAGGGUCUUAAGGAUGGAUUCCCUUUCACACAAAAUAUGUCUAGUUCACCGUGUCGAUUGGAACAAUGUGCGAGAACUGACUAUGUGA